AAAGUUCUAAACAAAUUACUUCCAAACAGUCCUCAUUUUCCGGAUCAGCCGUUAAACGAGGAUAGUUUACCUUAUAAAAUCGGCUCAAAUAUAACGAUAAAAGAAUAUAAUGAAUUCCUUGAACGUCAAGAGUCUUCUGGAUAUAAAUAUCAACGAAGAGAUAACGGCGACGUAUUUAUAAUUGACAUGAGCAAUCCCGAACAUGAUUUAGUUGCUUCGUUGUUGCAACGAUACUUCAAUUUUCCAAAUAAUAAUGUUGUUGUAGACCCCCCAAUAGUCGUUGGUAUUGAUGGAUUUCAUUUUAGUCCAUCUGGAAACGGCCAAUUAAUUGCAUCGGAUGUUACGGUAUAUCCAAAUCCAAGUCAUGUCCAACAGCCUCGUAUUCCAUAUCCAGGCCCUCCUCCAGGAAACAGAAAUGGUUGGCCACAUGCGCGAAUCGUUUGUGAAGUAGGCAACAGUCAAUCCACUAAAGAAUGGAAUGACAAGUGCCAACUAUGGAUGAAUCAAAUUUACAUACGAUAUGUACUUGGAAUUAAAUUACACAAAAAAAGAAAUAGAAAAAAUGAUCUUGGGCAAUAUCAUAGAUCUAUGACGGCUAGAUUGUGGCAACAGGAAUCGGGGUACCAGGAGUGGCAGUUUGGAACCCUUAUUCGAAAAAAACAAACUCCUACUACCUGUAAUGCACCCAACCUCCCUCAAUAUCAA